CAGAUAUGAUGAUAAUUAACAUGCUUUCACUGAAUGACAACAUUCAUGCCGAGGUUUCUCUAUUAGCACAGUGCGUCUACUUGUGCAACAGAGAUAAGACAGGGUGGUGUCACAUUUCAACCUGCCCAGCAGCCAAUGGAGAACAGAGCUCCAACUUCCUGACUGAGUACACCUGCACUAACGUGCACACUCACUCUGGCAGUUUCCAUGAUAACAAGGAUCUUUGCGUGGGAGCAGCGACAUACCAACAGUGUGUAAAGACAAUUCUAAACAGCAGCUCAUUGAAAUUCACCCACAAAUCAUCUGUACUGGAAACGACAACCACGUUUUCACUCAGUGGAGGACGUUGUUCACUGGCAUGCGUGACACCAACUGAGCAUUUGAAGAUGAUGCGAUUGCUUUUUCUGUGUGUGCUGCUGCUGCUUCCAGCCGCUACUGCUGUAUCAGACGAGAGUGAAGGAUCAGGUGAUGACGAUACAGAUGAUGAGGAUUUGAGUAAGAUAAAUGACGUUCACAACAAACAUUCUCGUGGUUCUUCAACUGUAGAUAAAACCACAGGAGAAGAAAACACAGAUCAGCUCGUCCUGGUGAUCACCGUCGUAGCUGUGGCUGUUGUGGCUCUCUCGGUUGCAGCAAUAGUCGCCGUAAUGUUGGUAAGACGCCGCAUGCACAGUCGACAGCAAGGGGUCUACUCCGUCCCUACAGAGCAGGACCAUAAAGGGGGUGUCUAGUCUGCGGUGGAGCUGCUGUUCAACUGUAUAACAUGCAGGCAAGAGAGGAGCAACGCACUGGGCUAUGUCGUCUCCCACUCUUUGAGUCAGGACAGUGAGACUUCUUUGCACAACGGCCUGCUUCUCACCUUUCACUUCACUGCUCACUCCUAUCAAUACGUAUGCAACAUGUGUUUGUUUAUUUUCUGUUUUUGUUUUGUACUUCGUUUUUUGUUCCUGCCAUUUGUGCUCCACGUACACACAAUUUAGCCCAGGACAUUUGGAGCUCAUUCAAAUGUUCUAAUUGGAUUCUAUUUGAGGAAUCCAAAUCAAAGCCAGUGAAUAUGGCUUAAAGCUUCUUUUGUUAAAAGGGAUAAUUUAGCACAGCCAGAACUCCCCCCCACCCCCUUUUUUAACCACCUGAAACAAGACAUUAUUCCCACCAGCUAUGCAGUGAAACUGUGUUCGUAUUUGAUUUGGUGUUUUUUCUUUCUUUUUUUUUUGUGGAACAGAUGUGCCGUUGUGAAAUGGUGCUUUGAGUGAGACAAAUCAUGCUAAUCCACUAUAAGAAAACC